CAAUCAACCAAUCAGUCGAUUUGUAAGCUAUGAACGAUGUACCACAGGUACAUUGGUUCCAGCCGAUACGGUUUCGAUCACCGAAAAGUGGGAGAUUGCGGCAGAUAUGGUCAAACCUUGGGGAGAUUCGGAGCGCAGUUCAAAACCUCAUCGGUCAAGCAUGGUGGGCGGUGCGCCUGUCCUAGUUUUGAAUCGCAAUGCACGUGGUGAGAAGGGGAAGUCCGUUCAAUUAGCCAACAUUGAGGCUGGGAAAACCGUGGCGGAUGUGAUACGCACGUGCCUGGGUCCGCGCGCCAUGUUGAAGAUGCUAAUGGAUCCUAUGGGAGGCAUAGUAAUGACUAAUGACGGUAAUGCCAUUUUGCGAGAAAUAACUGUGGAACAUCCUGCUGCAAAGUCAAUGAUAGAGAUCGCACGAACUCAGGAUGAAGAGGUUGGUGACGGCACAACUUCGGUCAUUAUACUCGGCGGAGAGAUGUUGGCUGUGGCUGCACCUUGUUUGGAGAAACAGAUUCAUCCAACUAAAAUAAUUGCUGCAUUUAGGAAAGGUUUGGAUGACAUGUUAUCCGCAUUGCAUGAUCGUUUGAGUGUUCCUGUGGACUCGAACAACAAGGAGGAAAUGUACACCAUCAUUAAGAGCUGUGUGGGAACCAAAUUUAUCAAUCAGUGGUCUGACUUGGCUUGUCAAAUUGCACUGGAUGCCGUAAAAACUGUUAGCAUCGAGGUUGAUGGCCGCAAAGAAAUCGAUAUAAAGCGAUACGCCAAAGUUGAAAAGAUCCCUGGAGGGUCCAUAGAGGAUUCCGUAGUGAUGGAUGGCGUUAUGUUUAACAAAGACGUAGUUCAUCCCCGCAUGUCGCGCCGGAUCGAGAAUCCUCGUAUUUUACUUCUGGAUUGUAAUUUGGAGUAUAAAAAAGGUGAAAGCCAAACAUCAAUCGAAAUCACUGCCGAAAAGGAUUUCACGCGGGCUCUCGAAAUCGAAGAAGCAAACAUCAAGGAGAUGUGUGACAGCAUCAUUAAACACAAGCCUGAUGUUGUCAUCACAGAGAAAGGUGUCAGUGACCUGGCGCAACAUUUCCUAGCCAAAGCUGGGAUAUCUGUUAUAAGGCGACUGCGAAAGACUGACAAUUUCCGCGUUGCUAGGGCAACGGGAGCCACAAUAGUUAGUCGGACUGAAGAGAUUAAGGAAGAAGACAUUGGUACUCAAGCAGGUCUUUUCGAGGUUAAGACAAUUGGAGAUGAGUACUUCACCUUCAUCACCAAGUGUAAAAAUCCGAAGGCAUGUACCAUUUUGUUGCGCGGUGCCAGUAAAGAUGUUCUCAACGAAGUGGAGCGCAAUCUGCAAGAUGCAAUGAAUGUCGCUAGGAAUGUCAUGUUGGAACAACGUCUGGUGCCGGGUGGUGGUGCCAUUGAAAUGGCACUUGGUCAGGUGCUUGCUGAAAAAGCCAAGUUGGCCGUCUCCGGUGUGCAGCAAAUGGCGUAUAUGGCGAUGGCCCAGGCCCUUGAAGUGAUUCCACGAACCUUGGCGAAGAAUUGUGGUGCAAAUGUACUGCGUUUAAUAACGGAGUUGCGUGCACGACAUGCGAUUGAUCCGGCCAGGUAUUGGACUCUAGGUGUCGAUGGAACCACGGGACAACUGGCUGAUAUGAAACAACUGAACGUUUGGGAUCCUCUUGUAGUCAAAGCCCAAACGUUCAAAACAGCAGUCGAAACUGCGAUCCUUUUGUUGCGCAUUGAUGACGUCGUUUCCGGAGUGAAAAGGCAGGGUGGAGAUGCUCC